AUGUCACUCCAGAUUCCUGAAUCGAAGAUUGCUUCUGAGGAGCUCUUGAACGAGAAGUGGGACUUCAUUGCCAGCAAUGCUUUGGUGAGGUCUGGUCUCGGUUUGUCUGUUGGUAUCGCUGCUUCCGUCCUUCUUUUCCGCCGACGAACUUGGCCCGUUUUCACUGGAUUAGGUUUCGGUGCUGGUCAGGCAUGGAACGAUGCUGACAGGGUCUUGAACCCUUCCAUUGCCCCUGGAUUCACCAUCAAGAACCAGAUUCCUCUCUAAGGAAUGAAUUACG